GACACCCUGGGGGAAAGAGAAACAAAAACAAACCCAUCAAAGAGCGUCUCCGUUUUUAGGAAGUUUGGAAAAUUUAAAUCUGGAAAAUCCCAAAUUUUCAAUCAGAUUCUUUCUCUCUCGGGUUACGAUUUAUGGAAAUUUCUUCAGUUCCGAUCAGUUCGUGCUCCAAAGAGCAUCAGAAAAUCUACCAGGAAUGGUUUCGAUUCGCUGAUUCAGACGGUGAUGGCCGCAUUACCGGGGGCGAUGCUAUAAAGUUCUUCGGCAUGUCCAAUCUGAAUCGGCAGGAUCUCAAGCAGGUUUGGGCCAUUGCCGAUUCAAAGAGGCAGGGAUAUCUUGGUUUUAGUGAGUUCGUUGCCGCUAUGCAGCUAGUUUCUCUUGCACAAGCUGGACAUGACAUUACACACGGUUUACAGAAUAGCAAUGUUGACUUGGAAAGUCUGAAGCCUCCUGUUAUGGAGGGUUUGGAUUCAUUAUUAUCAGCGAAGAAAAAGCAUACGCUCAAGUCAAAUGAAAACGAAGUAAAUGGAACUGCUGUGGUGCAACAAUCACCUUCAGCGCUUUGGUUUUCUUCAAAAUCAGCAAAAAAGGUACCGCUUUCUUCUGUGACAUCAAUUAUUGAUGGGUUGAAGAGACUGUAUGUUCAGAAGCUGAAGCCAUUAGAAGUUACUUACAAGUUCAACGAUUUUGUGUCCCCCUUACUGACAAAUAGUGAUUUUGAUGCUAAACCCAUGGUUAUGCUUUUGGGUCAAUACUCCACUGGGAAAACAACAUUCAUUAAACAUUUGCUUAAAAGUAGUUAUCCAGGAGCUCACAUUGGUCCCGAGCCUACAACCGAUAGAUUUGUUGUUGUUAUGUCUGGACCUGAUGAAAGAAGUGUUCCUGGGAAUACCAUUGCUGUCCAAGCUGACAUGCCAUUUAGCGGUCUCACAACUUUUGGAACAGCAUUCUUGUCAAAGUUUGAGUGUUCUCAAAUGCCACAUUCUCUGCUAGAACACAUUACAUUUGUGGAUACUCCUGGAGUUUUAUCCGGAGAGAAGCAACGGACACAACGAGCCUACGAUUUUACUGGGGUAACUUCGUGGUUUGCUGCAAAGUGUGACCUCAUUCUACUUCUGUUUGAUCCUCACAAACUUGAUGUCAGUGAUGAGUUCAAGCGCGUUAUUUCAUCUUUACAUGGCCAUGACGAUAAAAUUCGUGUUGUUCUGAACAAGGCAGAUCAAAUUGAUACCCAACAAUUGAUGAGGGUUUAUGGAGCAUUGAUGUGGUCACUUGGGAAGGUUCUUAAUACUCCUGAGGUCAUGCGAGUUUAUAUUGGCUCCUUCAAUGACAAACCUGUAAAUGAGGCUGCUACGGGUCCAGUUGGGAAAGAACUCUUUGAAAAGGAACAGGAGGAUCUUCUGGCUGAUUUAAAGGAUAUUCCAAAGAAGGCUUGUGAUCGCAGAAUCAAUGAAUUUGUGAAGCGUGCCAGAGCUGCCAAGAUACAUGCUUACAUAAUUAGCCAUUUAAAGAAGGAGAUGCCUGCCAUAUUGGGGAAAGCUAAGGCUCAACAGAGGCUUAUUGAUAAUUUGGAAGAUGAAUUUAAAAAGGUUCAGAGGGAGCACCAUCUACCUCCAGGGGAUUUCCCAGACGUAGACCACUUCAGGGACAUCUUGAGUGGUUACAGCAUUGACAAUUUCGAGAAGUUAAAGCCUAAGAUGAUAGAUGCCGUCGAUGAAAUGCUGGGUUAUGAUAUCCCAGAACUCUUGAAGAAUUUCAGAAAUCCAUACGACCAAUAGGUAAAAACAGUUCUGAGAAGUAUCAUGAACUACGGUGGCUUUGAAGUGCACAUGUUGAUGGAGCGUUGCUCGUCUUGAGUAUCCUAGUGUUUGUUGUAGCAUAAUAUGGUUUCAACUCGUAUUACAGUUUUUCCGGGAUUUAGAUGGUGCCAAUCGCUAUAGAAGGUUUCGCGAGCGGGCUCCUUAUUUAUAAUGUUAAUAUUGUUGGGGAAUGAUUUAGGACCAAGGGCAGGCGAUUAUCAAAGUGCCUAAACGAUCGAAAGUGAAUGAAAAUUUUAUGUGCACUAUUAUUCCCUGAGAGGUUUACGAACUCUAUUGUCACAGUUGCGGAUUUAUGUAUUUGUUGAAUUCUUUGUCCAAUUGUAGUUUCAUGGAGCAACUGUGAAUUCAUCUUCUUCC